GACUUCAACAGCCGUGAUAGCUUUUUGCAAUUGAUUUUAUUUUUAGUCUUUCUUUAAAUUAAAUAUUUAUUAAUUUUAUUAAAAAUUAAAGAAGAAUGGAAGCUGGUGACAAUCUGAAAAAAAUUGGCAUCACCCUGGCAGUUGGGGAAGUGUAUGAAACUGAGGACCUGCCAGAAGAUGAUCAGCAGAUCCUCAACGAGUUGAUCGCCUCCCAGGAGCUACAGACUAAAAGUGAAUUCAUAGAAUCUUCAAGACUGGAUGUAAAGGAGGCAUUCAAGCUGUUCAGUGAUAAGACUAUCGAGUCAAACGACGUCGAUUUUUCUGACAACAUUGCCCACCCAAAAAUUGGCUACAAGGUUUCAGAUUUAGCCAGUCAGCCAAAAUGUGAGACGAUGAUGGAGAAAUAUUUGAGACUGAAGAAUUGCAUCAGUCAACUUCAGGAUGAAGUUAACAUCGUUAAGAGCCAGACUAAAGAUGACAACACCACGGAAUCACUCCAGCCAGCUGACAUGGCCGACAGAGUGUUGUACCUGCAAAAAGAACUUUCUAGAAUCAAUCUUACUAGUAGUAGUAGUGGGGGUGGCGGGGAUGGUGGUCUUGGUGAUGAUAUUUCCAAGGUUUCCGGUGCUGAUAAUGAUGCCCAGGUUCAUUAUCACAGGAAACUAAUGAACGAACUGAACUGUUUCUUAUCGUCAUCAUCAUCAUCAACGACGUCGGCAGCUGCAGCUGUGGCAGCUUCAUCGUCAAAUGACACUCUGAAGUAUAACAUCUAUUCGUCAGCUGGGCAGAUGAAACAUGAAUUCAAUGCUCUGAUUUCUGACAUAGAGCAGAGGGUAGAUAGGUGUGAAGCAGUUCUUGGUAUCAAUUCUGAGAAGUGUAUAUACACUGGAGAUAGUGAAGAGGAAACUUUCAUGGGCGCGCUCUCAUUGGUUGUGGCCAAGUUUACCCUGCUGGAUCUCAGCCAAUUAAAUUACUUCGACAGCAGCUUGCUGGCCAUUCAGCAGAAGUUGCUUCAAGCGAGUGUCAAGGUCGAGGCCACUGAUGUUGCUGAUAAAGUUGAUAGCUUAGCCGGAUUAUAUGAGUCCCUGAAGAAAUGGGAUUCUAUGGCAAAUGCCAUCCCACACAUCGUAGAUAGGCUGAAUGUCAUGAAGAUGUGGCAUUUGCAAGGUGGUUCCCUUAGGAUGAUAAGAACGUAUGAAACGUUGAAGAAAUCAGACCCGAAAUUCGAUAAACUGGCCGAGGUUGUCGAGAGGUUGAAUUCAUUGAAUGAUGUCCACCAAUCAGCCAUGCAGUUUAACAAGGCACUGAACCACAUCCCUCCACUUUGUUGUGUGUGUGUUUCAGAAACCGCGGGUGUUUCCCUAGCAAAAUACAACGUAGAUAACAUCAACAAGAACAUCAACAAAAACAACAACAUCAACAACAACAUCAACAACAUCAACAUAAACAACAACAUCAACAACAACAUCAACAACAUCAUCACUUCAACUACAUCAUUACCAUUCUCCAUCAGCAAAAUAUCAAAUCUUUCAACACGCCACUAUUAG